UCUUGCCCUCUAUGCUGGUGUUUGUCCAGUCUAUUGAUCGAGCCAGAGAGCUCUUCCAUGAGCUGGUGUACGAAGGCAUCAACGUAGACAUCAUACACGCUGACCGCACACAGCAACAGAGAGACAACGUGAUCAGUAGUUUCCGGUCGGGUGAUAUCUGGGUGUUGAUCUGUACGGCCCUGCUGGCCCGAGGUAUCGACUUUAAAGGUGUCAACCUGGUGCUGAACUACGACUUCCCUACCAGCGCUGUGGAAUACAUCCACCGUAUCGGUCGUACUGGCAGGGCGGGGACCCUUUGGGGAGAGCUGUCACCUUCUUCACCGAGGAUGACAAGCCUCUUCUACGUUGCG